ACUUAACAAGUGUUAAUGGCACAGAACAAAAAAGAGAGUGCUCCAGAAUACAACGAUGACCAGAAAGACCUCAUCAAAGUAGCAACUCUUCUCCAGAAGAAGGGGCUCAAGGAGAAGGAAGCAGUUGCCAAUAGGCAGAGAGUUUACUACUUUCGAGCAGAUAUGUUCCACGAACUCGUCCUUGAGCACUCUAAACACAUAUUAGACAUUCUGUCUAAACACAUCAAGCUUGAAAAAUUAGACUCCAUAGAGGAUUCCAUGGAGCUUGGGGAUAUUUUUAUCAACAACGGCUUGCUUAAGAGCUUUGAUAGGGUGAAAGAAGAGCCACAAAAGUAUAAAUAUCCGAAGAAAUUAGUCCAAGCCCAGUUUCCCAUGAAGGAGAAAGGCUUCUAUGCUUUUGAUAUUUUCAAACCCCAAAACAAAACAGCCUACCUUGCAAUAGGCUUAGCAGUAGCAGUUAUAGCGAUUAUACUGUUCCCCCUGUGGCCAUAUACUGUUAAGCUCUGGAUAUUCAGCUUCUUGUUCUAUUUCAGUGCCAUCAUGCUAGGAUUAAUAUUCGUCAGGUUGCUAAUAUUCCUUUUAUUGUUCCUAUUCGGAAUUGACUUCUGGAUCUUUCCAAAUAUGCUAGAUGACGAUAUUGCCAUUCUCGAUUCAUUCUUACCACUGUUAUACGUGAAUAGAAGGCACGAUGGGUGGACAGUUUUCUUCUUUAGGAUGUUCCUGCUUCUGUGCUUGGGUGCUUAUUGAUACAACGAAUCUGGUCUGCCUAUCCCACUGACACAGACAGGAGAGUUAUUCGAUGAAAUCUAUGAGUGGGGCAAAGGCAAAAUGAUUGGGAAUGAGACUAAUGCGAUUCAAUACACAGGCAAAGGUCAUGAGUCCCUCGAUGACAUCCUCAAAAUGACCGAGCAAUAUGAGCAAGAAGAGGAAGAGGAACGACAGAGAAAAGAGCAGGAAGAACUUGAAAAAAAAGAAGAAGAGAUGAGAGAAAAUGAGGAUCUAUAAGUAUAUUUAUAAACCUCAUACAAUCAA